GGCGACGAAACGAUGGACCAAACAAACGAACGGAGUAAUACGACAGAAGAUGAGCGCGGGGAGCCGGAAUGGAGGAUCAAACAGCGAGAAUUCGAGCAGAGGAAGGCGCGGGUCAAACUCGAUCUCAAGACCUGCACGAUUUGCGGCGCAGAGAACGCCAAGCUAUGCAAGGGCUGCGGCUCCGUGGCGUACUGUUCGACUGCUUGUCAACGAGUCGACUGGCGCGAGCGGGGUCACCGGAAGGCGUGCAACAAGAUCCGAGACGAACGCGCGGCGGAAGCGGCGCGGGCGGAAGCGCCGCCGUCGCCGCCGCGCGCGGUGUUCUACGGCCCCGCGCCGCGGUCGCACGCCGACGAGGUCCGCGCGCGCAUCGCCGCGGAACACGAGAUCGCUCGAGCGUUGCGCGAGGCGAACCCGGAGCCGGAGCAGGUGAAUGGGCGGUACGGUUCGCGAAGCUGUUGUUCUCGCCAAAUCUGUCAACAGUGCGCCGCCAAGUUUCGAGGUAAGCCGUGUCCUCUCUGCCGAACGCCGGCAUCCCAAACUUAUGCUGAAGAAUUGGCAAGAAUCCAACGCCACGUGGAUAACGACGUCCCGGAAGCGAUGGCGCAGCUGGCAACUUUACACAGUGGCGGUAGACUCGGCCUCGUGAAAUCCGGCCAGAAGGCCAAGGCGUUACUCAAGCGUGCCGUGGCCCUCGGAUUUGUACCAGCGAUGGCACAGCUUGCAAUUCUAUACCGAGACGGGGACGGCAUCAAGCCAGACCGAAGGAAGGCGAAGCGGUUGUUUCGCGCGGCCGCGGACCGUGGAUAGCUCAUGGGACAUGGAGGACCACCUGCACUGGCUCAGAGCUGCCGCAGCGCAGCGCCAUGCUGAGGCGGAAUAUAUGCUUGGCUGUCACAGCGCGUCUGGCGACGGCAAACCUGGAGAGGAAGACCUCGACGAAUGCAGACGCUGGUUGGCGCGCGCGGCCGACCAUGGAGACAAAAAAGCGAGAUAUGUGCUCGACCGGCUGACUGGUGUCGUGGAUCCCGGCGUCGCUGUCGCUCUCUUCAAAGCGGCGCCGGCGGCGACGGCGCCCGGGCGCACUGGCUGACCUCAAAGAGCUGCGAUGCAUGCCUGUUUUCUUCGCCCAAUCCUCAGCACCAGUCGCUGUUAUGCCGCCGCAAGCGCGCGUAAAAAUCGGGAACG